AUGGCGGAGAUGGUGCGAAAGCCACGUCUAUUGGCCAAGCUCCACGCCGAGGUGAGGAGCAAGACGCCCAAGGGCCAGCAGGCGGUGAAGAAGGACGACCUGAGCGGCAUGGCCUACCUGAAGGCCGUCGUGAAGGAGACGCUCCGGCUGCAUCCGCCGGUGCCGCUCCUCCUGCCUCGCAUCUCCAUGUCCAGCUGCGAUGAUGUCAAUGGCUACGCUGUCCCGGCUAGGACACACGUCGUCGUCAACGCGUGGGCGCUGGGGAGAGACGCACGGUCGUGGGGGAAGAAUGCGGAGGAGUUCUCGCCGGAGAGGUUCAUGGCUGAUGACGGUGGUGCGGCGGCGGGCGACUUCAAGAGGAGGGAUUUCCAGUUCCUGCCGUUUGGAGCCAGGCGGAGGAUUUGCCCCGGAAUGAACUUCGGGGUGGCCUCCGUGGAGAUGAUGCUCGCCAACCUCGUCUACUGCUUCGACUGGGAGCUCCCCGAUGGGAUGCGGGAGGAGGACAUCGACCUGACCGAGGUGUUCGGGCUGAGCAGGCAUCGGAAGGAGAAGCUCCUUCUGGUCCCCACGACUCCACGAGAUCAUGCAUCAACACUGCAUGCCCGUGCGUGA